AUGUUCGAAACACAGAUCAUCCACACGGAGCAUAAGGACGUAAUUCACGAUGUGGCGUACGAUUACUACGGGCAGCGCAUGGCCACGUGUUCCAGCGAUCAGUACGUGAAGGUGUGGGACCAGAACGAACAAGGCGUGUGGAGUGUAACCUCGAGCUGGAAGUCACACUCCGGUUCGGUAUGGCGCUUAUCAUGGGCCCAUCCGGAGUUCGGGCAGGUGCUUGCGACCAGUUCCUUCGACCGAACCGUAUCGGUAUGGGAGGAAACUGUGGGUGAAAAAACCAAUCCUGCCAUGCCACCGCUGAAACGCUGGGUUCGUCGAACGAACUUGGUUGAUUCUAGGACGAGUGUUACGGAUGUAAAGUUUGCGCCCAAAACACAAGGCCUGAUGUUGGCGGCUUGCUCCGCCGAUGGUGUCAUUCGUAUCUACGAAGCCCCGGACAUCAUGAACCUGUCCCAGUGGACGCUGUCUCACGAAAUUAGUGUGAAAAUUCCGUUGAGCUGUCUGACGUGGAAUCCGUCGAUGUUUAGGCUCCAUCCACCAAUGAUUGCUGCCGGGAGCGAUGAUUCGUCGCAAAGUACAGGCGGAAAGGUGUUCAUUUUUGAGUACAGUGAAAACGCUCGACGCUGGGGUAAAACUGAAACCAUCAGUACUAUCACCGAACCCGUGCACGAUAUCGCGUUUGCACCGAAUGUAGGCCGCAGCUAUCACAUUUUGGCUGUUGCAAGCAAGGAUGUCCAAAUUUUCAACCUUAAACCAAUACUUGAUCCAACGGCAAAUUCGAGACUAGAAAUUCAAACUGCUGCUCAAUUUGGAGAUCACUACUGUACGGUAUGGCGCGUAACGUGGAACAUUACUGGCACGAUGUUAGCUUCUACGGGUGAUGACGGUUGCGUUCGCAUGUGGAAAAUGAAUUAUUUGAAAAAUUGGCGCUGCGCGGCGGUUCUAAAGGCAGAAAACUCCGAGUCGGCUCCAGAAACGUCGGUGACAACUUCGUUGAAGUCCAGCAUUGUAAAUGCAACCGCUAAAUAUUACAAACGAGCUCCUUUAAGCCAUCCUGGGCAAGUACCACGGCACUAAACCGGGGAAGGAUUAUCGCAGCUUGCAUUCGUGAUGCGGAUA